AUGAUCACGUACGCAAUUGCGUACCCGGCGUCUAUCCAGGCGCUUCGGUGGAGCGUAGUGGCUAGGAGCGUACUGGAAUCCUUUCUGGCACCAUUUAUCGCUGCAGUUUGCGACGAUAUCCCAACUCGAUCCCAACAACUGCCUCGUGUUUCGAGCGCGUACGCAAAUACACCGAACAACACUCCUGAUUCAUGUCGUUUUGACCCGACGAUACUUCACAGCAACACCCAUCCUCAUCAUUCGACGAUGACUCGCCGAAAGAUUGCUGGACUCGGAUGGGAAGUGCUACUCCAUGCCGCUUAUCCAUGCCGCAUCCAAUGUGCCUCCUUUCAGUCAUCAUUUGUUUCGUGUUCUGAAGCCUCACUAUCACAAAAGAAAUUCAGCGAUUGGUCGGAGCUCGAAAUUGACGUCGCCCACAUUUUUCGACUCGCGGCUGUCAGAGUUCUGGGCCACGGGGAUCGAAAGCAAUCAGACCGUUGUACACUUGUUAAAGACUGUGAUGAGAACCAUAUCUUUGUCUGA